GGGUGCCACAAUAUUUACAGUCCGACUGCAUUUCUGUGUCAGUCCUCAGCUAAGCUGUAUAGGUAGCUGACUAAUAACGUUUCUCCAGUUUAAAUAAUUAUCUGAAUCGGAAAAGAACGCUCACAUGAUAUGAAAUGUGGUUUCAUGUAGCUAAAAUACACUGAUGAUGUUAAGGAACAGACCUACCAAAAUAACUUGCUAGCCAGUUAGGUCUUGUGCGACAACAAGGAGUUCCCCCAUGUGGAGUUUUGAAGCUGGUACGGUUGACAGCAUCAGACAGUCAUUCACAUUUGUAUUUUUGAAUGGUCACGUUACAUCGGCUAUUAAAGCUGUGUAAACCCCAGGCGGUGCUGUUAUUAAUAUGAAAUGAGGAUCAUUCAAGGACAAUCAUGGGGAACGUUUGGACUUUUUCCUUGCUAGCUAGCUAACGCUACCUACCUAGCUACUACAUGGCUAAGAUGCUUUGAUUCGAACGAUGUGCCUUGGCAUUAAUGUGAUACGUAGCUAGCUCGUUACCAAGCUUAAGAAAGUAUUGCUUACAUUAAAUUAACAUGAAUUCUAGCAUUAAGUGGGUUUAUAUGGACGUUUUCCGAACAGCUCAUUCAAGUGAGUCAGUUAGCUAUAUUUAGCUACGUUUUACCUUUGUGAACUAUUUAUUGUGGCUAGCAGUUGGCUACUUCACUCGCGGCGGUAACAAGCUGAUAAACCGGAAUUUGCCACUUGGCUCGUCUGACGAAACGUUCUUUACUGCUAACGUUAUUUAAUAACGCUAGCAACUUGUAUAAUACAAAAAUGAUGACGAAAUAUUAGACCAGACUGUAGCUAUGUCUAUAGCAAUCUGGCUGUAGGCAUAGCUAGCUAGCUAGCAAAUGUUUACUAGCUACGGACAUAAGAAUCCGAAUAACUAUAUGUGGUUGGAUUUUAUUUAUUAAUUUAUUUCCGUAAUUUUGUUAAUUAGUGUUUAGCUAGUGAGUCUAACCACAUUAUGGAUAGAGAGACUUUUCAUACGUGCUGCAGCCUGGUUAAAAUCCCCAGGCAGUCGUACGAGCAGUUCAGAUCUUCGCACUUCGUGGACUACAUAGAAAAGAAGGAUUUCAGCUAUUCCCGAUUCUUUAAAAACUACUUGCUUCCAAACCACCCAUGUGUUUUUUCGAAAAGAUUUACCGAAGACUGGAAUUGUCGGAAGCACUGGGUAACUGAAACCGGGAAACCGAAUUUCCAAAGACUACUGCAAGAUUUUGAAGACACUCCAGUCCCUGUCGCCAAUUGCAAUGCAAGAGAAUACAAUGCCAAUCCCAAGCAAAUACUUCCUUUUAAAGAAUUUAUAAGCUACUGGAGGGAGUACAUACAGAAUGGACACUCUUCACCAAAAGGAUGUCUAUAUCUGAAGGAUUGGCACAUGCACAGGGAGUUUCCUGAACACAAUAUCUACAGCACACCUGUGUUCUUCUCGUCUGAUUGGCUGAAUGAAUACUGGGACACUAUUGAAGUGGAUGACUAUCGCUUUGUCUACAUGGGACCAAAAGGUUCAUGGACUCCCUUCCAUGCGGACGUCUUCCGCUCAUACAGCUGGUCAGCCAACGUUUGUGGCAGGAAAAAGUGGCUUCUGUAUCCCCCCGGCCAAGAGGAGUACCUGCGCGAUUGUCACGGCAACCUGAUCUACGACGUUACGGCACCCGUUCUUCAAGACAAGGGACAGUACCCUCACUACGAGAAGGCCUGCCAGCCUCUGGAGAUCAUCCAGGAGGCGGGAGAGAUCAUCUUUGUGCCAAGCGGAUGGCACCACCAGGUCUACAACCUGGAAGACACCAUCUCCAUUAACCACAACUGGCUGAAUGGCUGCAACCUGGACAUUAUGUGGCAGUUCCUGCAGGGGGAGCUCUCUGCAGUACAAAGGGAGAUCAGUGAAUGGAGAGACUCCAUGGACACCUGGCACCAACACUGCCAGGUAAUCAUGAAGUCGUGCACGGGGAUUGACUAUGGGGAAUUUUCCUCAUUCCUGAAGAUCAUUGCCAACAACCGCCUCUCGUUCCUGAACGCCUGCUCAGGCACCUCUGCUCCCGGGUGCCUGCGCCACCUGUCGGACACCCUGGCGACGUUGGGGCCCCACCACGCGGCCUUCGACCUGCAGCGGGUGGCGCACAUCCUAGAGUGUAUGCUUAGCAACGAGGACUUCCUGCGGCUGGACCCCACCUCCCUGAGCUCGCAGCCCGAGAGCCUGCUCCAGCAGAUCCGUGACGCCAUGCGCUCCGCGCUCUGACGGGGGGGGUUGCACCCCGCCCCCAACCCCCUGACCCCUUCACAUGAACAUGCUACGAUGAGCAUCCGGAGCUGACUUAGAUCCCGCUCACAAUGCUUACAACUUAAGUUUUGUGCCCCCAGACACAAGGAGCCUUGCUCAGUCAAUUGCCAUAGCUACAAACGAUCACAAUUUUGAUGUGUUCACACUUUACAUUAAUGACAAGUAAUGCAAAGAAUGUUUCAUGAUUUUAAUGUACGAAUGUUCCAGCAGUAUUAAUAUUAUAGUGUCAUAUUACAAUAUGUUGUGUGUUGACAUGGCAACACAAUUAGAAAAGGCACUCACUCCAGGUUAGUGUAGUAGUUGGUGUAGCCUCAUUGCUUGUACCGUAGCCACUGUAAUGAAAGAAUCAUCAUUGUGUGGGUCAGUAGCUUGUGAGUACCACCCUUGUAUUUUUUUCCUCACAUAGACUGACCUUUGUGCAUGCGCUUAUUUUAAAUUUGUGCUCAUAUAUUCACUUGGCAAUGCACUUUCAGCUGGGCUAUUCGGAAUCAAAGAUUCCAGUUUACAGCAAGUGUGGAUAAAUCCAUGCUUACAUAGUCUUGUAUUGUCGUGCUAUAUAAUUUAUAUAAUAGAUUUUGCUUAAAUGGGAAGAGCAUAUUCCAUACGACGUGCUCACAAUUUUUACAAAAACUCAUCAUGAACAUCGGCUUAGCGAUUUUUGUUCGUAGUGCAGUCAAAUGUGAACUAAAACAUGAGUAAAACACAUUUGAAGCGAUGUAUAAAUAAUUUUAUUUUUAUUGAUUAUUAAACAAUCCUCUUGCAUGUACUGCAUAGUGACAGGUUAUUUAAUAGCAAACGUGUUAUUUCCCUGAUUACUAUGGUACUGUACCGAGACAGUGAGUGGCAAUAAACUAUGGAAUGGACAGACUGAUGCUACGCUAUCACUGUUAUCAAGGGCAACAAUGUUGAUGUGCAAAAAAAUGGCCUUUGCCAAUGCCUUUUCUGAAAUUGUUUUUCACUUUGCUUACGAGUGAUAAUGAGCAUGACAAUGAAAUAAACGGUUUGGAUUUACCGUU